GUCACAUCAAUGUUUUUGACUUCUGACCAGUACCCAGACAUUAUACUACUAUAGCCUAUAGAAAAGGAAGACGACCAUUCCUUCUAAUAACAUUCGACGUACCCUCUGGAACACGACAAUCAUUGGCAUAUUCCGGCCAGUGCACGACUAGUGUAUCGCAUGAUCAAGACGCAGUGGUAAAUCUUACUGAUAUAUCCCAGCAGGUUCACCUGAAAGUAUACACCGUACCUUCGCCAUGUCACGAGCAGGCUACGACCGCCUGCCUAUGCACAACGUGCCAGAAUCAGGGUCUCCGCGUUCUCGUUCCCGUUCUCGUUCGCGCACUCAACCACACCGUACCCCUAUAACUAUCCGCUCGCUGGAAUUCACCAAGCUCUUGAAAGUCACCCUCGUGCUUGUUAUAUCAGCCAUAUUAUACACAUUUUACUUCUAUGAGCCGCACGUCGAAAUAACCUUCUAUUCGCGCAAGUGGAUAAAGAACGAAAUCGACACCGUGGGACAGCUGGCUGGAUGUUUCGAGGAGGGAAGGAUUAGCCCAGAAUAUAACGCCUCUCGGUACUUGGAUGGACCGAAGGAAGUGGAGGUGCAUGCUGGGAUGGGAAUGAGACUUGGGAUGGACUGCUAUGAGUUUGCUGCGACAAUUCCCCGAUCGACUAGUGUCAUGGCGGACGACAGGCCUCACUUAGCUCCGGAUGAGAGGACACAGUACCAUACUUACUGGCGCGUAGACCUCGCACCUUUUUCAGAGCGCCAAGAGUGGAUGCUCAAAUCCUUUUUUGCGACGCAAGACCAUGCAACCUCGAGACUCGUAAUGUGGUCGAAUGGAGACUUGUCGACGAACACGAUACUCGCAUCAUACGCCGACUUGCACCCGAAUUCGUUCGAGAUGCGUGUAGUGGAUAUACCAAAUCUUGCGAGUGGGACUGCCUUGGACGGGAGUCCGUUGCUGAAGACAAAUGACAAGAAAGCAUGGACGGACGGCGAUCUUGUCAGAUUGUUGGUCAUAUGGAAUUAUGGGGGUCUGUGGAUUGACAUGGAUUCGCUAUUGACUCGAGACCUUUCUCCUCUGCUCGAGCACGAGUUCGUCACGCAAUGGGAUUGCUACGACAAGGUUUAUCAACCGUUAAACGGCGCCCUGAUGCAUUUCCACAAGCACUCUCCAUAUCUUUGUGAAGCGUUUAAUAUCAUGGCGACUUCAGCAGCUCCCCGUGCUGACUCUACAGACUGGGGCGCACUCCUAUACCUCAAACUUUGGCGCCGUCUCCUGCGUGCUCACAUCCCGCCCUUCAAAGUCCUUCCGUUUUGUUUCUCGGAUGCCCGAUCCUGUAGAUUGGAUAAUAGGUUGCCUGAUCCGUUUGAUGAGGAUGAUGGCAGUGAGGCACGGUGGUGGCGUACUGCGGAGGGCGGGCUGCAAGAGGGCGGAGGCCUAGAUGAUGCGCUUGGGAAUGUGUUCGCUGUGCAUUUGCAUAAUCAAUGGGAGAAGACAUUUCCGAAAGGGGGCUGGGUGGAGAGGCUACUUCUCAAGAGGUACGAGGAGAAACUUGCGGAGAGGGGGGACCUAUAGAUCUAUAUUAUUUGACGCUGCACUGUUAUACCCGUAGAUCGUUUGCCUCAGCUAUUCAUUGACUGUAAACGUUCGGAUGGAAAACUUGAUCGCAUUCGAUGAUGUGAACUGCUUGCUUUUGACGACUUCGGCUAAGUAGUUGUACGGA